CCUGAGCCCGGAGCGUGCACGCACCGAGACGCCUUGCGGGAGCGAGCGCGUCCGGGAGCCCGCGGGCCGAGAAACGCAGCGGGUCUGGAGACCCGCGCCCGCGGCGCAGGUUACUGUGGAGCAUAAGCAAUGGAUUCCUUGGACCACAUGCUGACGGAUCCCUUGGAACUGGGCCCGUGUGGCGAUGGACAUGGCACUCGGAUCAUGGAGGACUGCCUCCUGGGGGGCACUAGGGUCAGUCUGCCUGAGGACCUUCUGGAGGAUCCCGAGAUAUUCUUUGAUGUAGUCAGCCUCUCAACGUGGCAGGAAGUACUGAGUGACUCCCAGCGUGAGCACCUCCAGCAGUUCCUGCCCCACUUUCCUGAAGACAGUAUCCAGCAGCAAAGUCAGCUCAUCCUCGCCCUCUUCAGCGGGGAGAACUUCCGCUUUGGAAACCCUCUGCACAUUGCCCAGAAGCUUUUCCGAGAUGGACAUUUCAACCCGGAGGUGGUCAAGUACCGGCAGCUGUGCUUCAAGUCACAGUACAAGCGCUACCUCAGCUCCCAGCAGCAGUACUUCCACCGGCUGCUGAAGCAGAUCCUGGCCUCCCGGAAUGACCUCCUGGAGAUGGCCCGGCGGAGUGGUCCUGCCUUCCCCUCCAGGCAGAAGCGGCCGUCACCAUCCCGCACCCCUGAGGAGCGGGAGUGGCGGACCCAGCAGCGCUACUUGAAGGUCCUGCGGGAGGUGAAGGAGGAGUGUGGGGACACAGCCUUGUCGUCUGAUGAGGAAGCCGCAUUGGAUUUACAAGAAAAAUUUUCUUUUGAAGAUCUCAGCUCAUGGCUUCCGAGCUCUCCAGCACGCUCUCCUAGCCCUGCGGUGCCCCUGCGGGUGGUGCCCACGCUUGCCACCACCGACAUGAAAACCGCAGAUAAAAUAGAGCUGGGGGACAGUGACCUGAAGAUAAUGUUAAAGAAGCACCAUGAGAAGCGGAAGCAUCAGCCAGAUCACCCGGACCUUUUGACGGGGGACCUGACUCUCAGUGACAUCAUGACACGAGUAAAUGCCGGCAGGAAGGGCUCCCUCGCAGCCCUGUAUGACUUGGCUGUCCUUAAAAAAAGAGUUAAAGAAAAAGAGGAAAAGAAGAAGAAGAAAAUAAAAAUGAUCAAGUCAGAGGCAGAGGAUCUGGCUGAACCGCUAAGCGGUACUGAAGGGCUCCCCCCGCUCUCACAGGCUCCAUCUCCACUGGCCAUACCUGCCAUCAAGGAGGAGCCUCUUGAAGACCUCAAGCCAUGUCUUGGAAUCAAUGAAAUAUCUUCCAGCUUCUUCUCUCUUCUCCUGGAGAUCUUGCUGAUAGAGGGGCAGGCUAGCCUUCCUAUGCUAGAAGAGCGAGUUUUGGACUGGCAGUCAUCACCCGCCAGCUCCCUCAAUAGCUGGUUUUCUGCAGCCCCCAACUGGGCGGAGUUGGUGUUACCAGCCCUGCAGUAUCUUGCUGGGGAAAGCCGUGCUGUACCUUCCAGCUUCUCUCCUUUUGUUGAAUUCAAAGAGAAGACCCAGCAAUGGAAAUUGCUUGGCCAGUCCCAAGAUAAUGAAAAGGAAUUAGCUGCACUUUUCCAGCUAUGGCUGGAAACCAAAGACCAGGCCUUCUGUAAGGAAAAUGAAGACAGCUCAGAUGCCACGACGCCUGUUCCUCGGGUAAGAACUGACUAUGUGGUGCGGCCCAGCACGGGAGAGGAGAAGCGCGUUUUUCAGGAGCAGGAGCGUUACAGGUACAGCCAGCCCCACAAGGCCUUCACCUUCCGCAUGCAUGGCUUCGAGUCCGUUGUGGGGCCCGUGAAGGGCGUGUUUGACAAGGAGACCUCGCUCAACAAGGCUCGAGAGCACUCGCUGCUCCGCUCUGACCGGCCAGCCUAUGUCACCAUCCUGUCCCUGGUUCGUGAUGCAGCGGCGCGGCUGCCCAACGGUGAGGGCACGCGGGCGGAGAUCUGCGAGCUGCUCAAGGACUCCCAGUUCCUGGCGCCCGACGUCACCAGCACUCAGGUGAACACAGUGGUGAGCGGUGCCCUGGAUCGGCUGCAUUACGAGAAGGACCCGUGCGUGAAGUACGACAUUGGCCGGAAGCUGUGGAUCUAUCUGCAUCGUGACCGGAGCGAGGAAGAGUUUGAGCGGAUCCACCAAGCCCAGGCAGCUGCUGCUAAAGCCAGAAAAGCCCUUCAACAAAAACCCAAGCCCCCAUCCAAGGUGAAGUCCAGCAGCAAGGAGAGUUCCAUGAAGGUCCUUGGCGGUGGCCCUUCUGAGCAGAGCCAGAUGAGCCUCAGUGACUCCAGCAUGCCUCCCACCCCUGUCACUCCCGUGACCCCCACCACUCCGGCUUUGCCCACCACCCCUAUCUCCCCUCCGCCUGUGUCAUCAGUGAGCAAAAGUGGCCCCACUCCAGUCUCAGAACCAGCGAAAUCUAGUUCAGGCGUUCUUCUUGUGUCUUCACCAACAAUGCCGCAGCUGGGGACAAUGCUUUCCCCGGCCUCCGGCCAGACUCCACCAAGUUCCCAGGCCACAGCCCGUGUUGUGAGCCACUCUGGCUCGGCGGGGCUCCCCCAGGUGCGGGUGGUGGCCCAGCCCAGCCUUCCUGCCGUCACUCAGCAGUCAGCAGGGCCAGUGCUGCCACAGAUGCCAGCAGGACCCCAGAUCCGCGUUCCGGCCACUGCCACACAGACCAAGGUCGUGCCCCAGACAGUAAUGGCCACCGUUCCAGUCAAAGCUCAGACGGCAGCAGCUGCGGUGCAGCGGCCUGGCCCCGGGCCGGCAGGGCUCACGGUGACCAGUCUCCCUGCCUCCGCCAACCCUGUGAGCAAACCAGCCACCAGCUCUCCUGGGAGCUCGGCUCCGAGUGCCCCCACGGCUGCCGUCAUUCAGAACGUCACAGGACAGAACAUUAUCAAGCAGGUGGCGAUCACUGGGCAGCUUGGCGUGAAGCCCCAGGCGAGCAGCAGCAUCCCACUCACAGCCACUAACUUCCGUAUCCAGGGUAAGGAUGUUCUGCGUCUGCCACCCUCUUCCAUCACCACGGACGCCAAAGGCCAGACGGUUCUGCGAAUUACUCCAGACAUGAUGGCCACGUUGGCCAAGUCCCAGGUCACCACAGUCAAACUGACCCAGGACCUCUUUGGGACAGGAGGUGGCACUGCAGGCAAAGGCAUCUCUGCUACCUUACAUGUCACUUCCACUCCAGUCCAUGCCGCUGACAGCCCUGCCAAGGCCAGUCCAGCCAGUGCCUCUUCGUCCACUCCAGCAGGGACCACUGUGGUCAAAGUGACUCCUGACCUCAAGCCAACAGAAGCCUCGAGUUCUGCUUUCCGCUUGAUGCCAGCACUGGGUGUGAGUGUGGCAGACCAGAAGGGGAAAAGCACAGUGGCCUCUUCUGAGGCAAAACCGGCUGCCACCAUCCGUAUCGUGCAGGGCCUGGGCGUGAUGCCUCCCAAGGCAGGCCAGACCAUCACGGUGGCUGCUCACGCCAAGCAAGGGGCCUCCAUGGCCAGCGGGUCUGGAACUGUCCAUACUUCCGCAGUGUCCUUGCCCAGCGUGAAUGCUGCCGUGUCCAAGACUGUGGCUGUGGCUUCCGGGGCUGCCAACACCCCCAUCAGCAUCGGGGCAGGAGCCCCCACCGUGCGGCAGGUCCCUGUCAGCACCACGGUUGUCUCCACGUCCCAGGCCGGGAAGCUGCCUGCACGGAUCACGGUUCCCCUGUCUGUCAUUAGCCAGCCCAUGAAGGGCAAGAGUGUGGUCACAGCCCCCAUCAUCAAAGGCAACCUCGGGGCCAACCUCAGUGGGCUGGGCCGCAACAUCAUCCUUACCACCAUGCCAGCGGGUACCAAGCUCAUUGCCGGCAACAAGCCGGUGAGUUUCCUCACUGCUCAGCAGUUGCAGCAGCUUCAGCAGCAAGGUCAGGCCACACAGGUGCGCAUCCAGACUGUCCCCGCAUCCCAUCUUCAACAGGGAACAGCCUCUGGUUCCUCCAAAGCGGUCUCCACUGUCGUCGUGACCACAGCUCCGUCUCCUAAACAGGCACCUGAGCAGCAGUGAUGCUGAGGGAGGAGGACGGCUGCUGUGGACGCCACACCCAGUCGGCCCUCCUGGCUGGCAGGAGGGAGCCAGGUGGCUGCAUCGUGCCUCAGGAAGGCCAGCGGUGGGAUGAUGGCACGGCUGCCGCCCCGAGGGGAGUGCGCUGUGAAAGGUUCACUGGGCUUCCGAGGUCUGUUGUAUCUAGUCCAGGAGAAGCUUCUCUGGUGGGGCUGUGUAAGCCUGUCGAGGUCACACAAGCCACGUUGCCUUCUGAGAGCAGGGCCCUGAGGGCAGGCAGGCGGGUGGGCGGUUACACCCUGUGCGGACGAUGAAUGGGCCUCACGCCAGGCGGGGGAUUGUGUUGAGCUUCUGGUCUUCUCUAUGACUGGUGGUCUGGUCCAAGUUCUGUUUCCAAAUGUUUUUAUGCAACAGGUCUUUUUCAGGUAGAAACCUGGCCCACCCCUACGCCUGCCCCAGACCUAUUACUUGUUCUUUUGACCAGAAUGAGAGAAAAGUAAGAGUCUCAGUGAGUUGGUGGCUGACUUGCCAUCUGCAUGGUGAUGGAGUGGCUGUAAGAUGGGGGAGAAAUGUGGGGCGUGAGGGAGUGGGUUCCCCAAAACAUGAGUAGUUUGGCAGCAGCUCUUAAAGUUGGGGUGUCAGGAUCUUGAUGGUGGUCUGUAUCUGCUGGUUUUGCCUGUUGAUUUUGCCCUCCUAAGCAAGCCUGUCCACACACAAGUCCAGGACCAGUGGACAGAGUGGGCAAACGCCAGCAGAGAUGCUGCUUUUGCAGCACAGACUUCAUUGUAGUUCAGAGAUUAUACGUUUAGCUUUGCACCAGAGUACGAGUCAGCAAACACCUUGGGUUACCCUAUUUAUAAAUAAAAUUUUACACGGGAA